AACUAGGCUAAUCAGGAUGAUAGAUCAGUUAUCACAGUAAUAUUUGGAGAAAACUUCUCCAAAGAACAUUUACUUCUUCAAGCCCUCAAUGCUAGUAUAAAAUGUCUCAGGUUCUAUCUCAGCAGUAGAACAACAAUUAUUCAGCAAGCUUCACCAAGGACUGAACAAGACCAAAGAAUCAAUGGGGAGGAAUGGAGUGGUGGCAGCUACUGCUGCUGCCUGCAUCUUGCUGCUCAUCCUGCUGACGUCAGGCCAGCUGCAGCUGGCGUCAGCGGAGUCCGAGAUCGGCAGAUGCUACGAUGACUGCUUGCCUGACUGCGAGCAAGGCAGUUCUCGAGCUGGCUGCAAGCUCUUCUGCUUCACCUGCUGCGUCUUGAAGCCGAUUCACAACUGUACCCGAGGCGGCGAGUCGACGGCGGCGGCGGCGGCGCCGGUGUUCGCCGGAGAUGCAGGCUGCAGGGAGCUCUGCACGUCGUCGAUCGGGGAUGCGGCAACCGGAGAAUCAGCACGGGCAACAGAUGCUGAUGUUGCAGCUUGUGUCGAUAGCUGCAACAGUUACAAGGAGAAGAACUAGGAAGUGACGACCGCCCGUCAGCAUCUGCUACAACGCCUGAAAUUGCUACAUGUUGAAGAAAUAAGUAAAAUGUCGAGUUUAGUUAUUUAUGCUGUAACACCCAAUUAAUGGAUAAUAUGGAUCCUUAUCCUUAAAUCAAAAUUUCAUUUCUACUAGCUAAGUUUGCUACAAGUACAUGGGUGUUGGGAAUUUAUGAAAAUCCAAGGUCAAUCUAAA